UCUAUCUGCUGAUCAAUUUUAACGUGAACCGUAUCUCCCUCAACACCGAUUUGUGUUUUUUUCUUUUUCUAAUUGGACCACCUAGUCGAAUAACAGGAAGUGAAGAGGUGAAAGGUGCCUCAUUUUUCCUGUGUUCAUGUCCAGGCUGGGUACAGAUUAUUUUUCCUGUGGCAGUGUGUGGAUUUUCAUAGUUUUUCUUUCAGCCACUCUUUGUUCAGAAUUGCUUUGCAUCUUUUAAGAUGCACCUUUGCCUUUUAUAUAUGCAUAGUGAUUUCCACAUGCAGGAGCGUUUUGGAUUAGGACAUCUGCACAAGUUGUUCAGGUUAUGCUUUUCAGUGAUAAAGCUUUGCCUCUGACAGUAUGGGAGCUUGAAUUGAGGAACAAUUAAAAUCUGAACUUUAUCUGGAUGAUCAGCGAGUUUUGAGCGGAAACGCCUGUUUUCACCAGAAGUCGCGCAGAGCCUGAAGCGGAAAGCCAGAAGCUCACCAAGAACCACCGCAGCGCCUUUUUUUCAGAUUCCCCAGAGACUAGACGCCUAUUUGAAACCUUCCGGGCCAGACCAAGAGCGUUUGGAUCGGCCGGUUCUUCAGCCCAGCAAGUCUAAUCUAGCCCAACGCAGACGGGCAUUUCUGAUACGACUUAUCGGUUCAUCUUCUGUAUAUUUCUCUGAAAUUCCAAAGCACCUCCUCCUUCUACGAUGAGCAUGGACUGCCUUCUUCCUAACGCCUCGGUGACUCCAAACCAAACAUUUGUUCCAGGGAAGCUGAGCUCAAUGAACAUUUUUACCAUCUCCCUCCACGGGAUAGUGUCUACUAUCGGCAUCAUAGAAAACCUUCUCGUCCUGGGAGUGGUGGGCUUCCGUGUCAAACGCUCCAUCAUCAGCAUCUGGAUCCUGAACCUGGCAGCGUCGGACCUGCUGGCCACAUCCUCCCUGCCCUUCUUCACCCUCUACAUGGCCCGGGGCAGCACCUGGACGCUGGGCUCGACCUUCUGCCGCAUCCAUACCUCCAUCUUCUUCCUCAACAUGUUUGUCAGCGCCUUCCUACUGGCAGCCAUUUCUCUGGACCGCUGCCUGGUGGUGGUGCAACCCGUCCUGGCUCAGAACUACAGAACCAUAGAGCUCGUGGGGAAGAUCUGUGCCGUGAUUUGGGCGUUGGCUGCGAUCUGCACUAUCCCUUUCUACAUGUUUCGUGACGCCAUUCCUCUUCCAAGUGGCAAGUUUCUGUGCUACUACAGUUACUCCCUGUAUCUCCCAAGCGAGCCCUUUGACCUGAAAGCGUUAUGUAAACAACGCAAAAUAGGUUUGGCUUUCAUGAAGCUCUUUUUUGCCUUCCUGAUUCCUCUUGCAAUCAUCAUUCUCAGCUAUGUGGCUGUGAAUCUCACCUUAGCACGCAGAGGCUGCCGGAGACCUUUCCGAUUUGUUCGACUGGUGAUAGCCGUGGUGGUGACGUUCGUCCUCUGCUGGGCUCCAUACCACCUCAUGAUCAUUAUAGAGGUGUUGGCUUCCAAGGGAAGUAAGGCGCAGCAAGUGGCAACGAAAGUCCUUCCAAUUUCAGCGACGAUCGGCUUCCUCAACAGCGUUCUCAACCCCAUCCUGUAUGUCUUCAGCUGCCCCGACCUGUGCCGUAAAAUCAGACAUUCCCUCGGUGCGGUUAUGGAGAGCGUCCUGGCCGAGGACCUGGCCGAGUUCGCUCGGCGUCGCAGCACCGCUCGCAGCUCCCUCGGCAGCGCUGAGUUUUCCAUGAAGAAGAAACACUCAAUUAAAGAGUUGAGUCAGAAAACAGAUUCAGAUCAGGUUGAAAGCCUCACCAACUCAGCUGAGCUCUGUGAUGUGGGUUCUUAAGGAUUAAAAGAAGGCGUUGAUUUUAGUUUGGCCUGAAAAACCACCUGGGAUAUAUAUAACAUACUGUAAAAUAAGUUACCAUUCCCAAUUAUCUUUUAAAGUUGAAGGUUUUCAUUACCCUUUUCUAUCUGUACAUAUUUUUGAAAAGCAUUAAGUGAUAUUUGUGUGUUAAUGUGUCUCGUUAGAUUGAAAGAAGUUCAAACUGCGAAGAACAAAGGUUUCAGAACAAAGUUUUCAAUUCUAGGUUUGUUUAUUGCUCAUCUCAGGACCCAUUUCAGAAAAGGAAAAAAAAUGUACAAAACACUGGGUUCAUCCUUUCAGUUGUUUCUUUUGUCCAAGAAGCCAGACUUUCUUGUAAAUUUUCAGCUCUCAGUCAACAGUUCUUCAAGAUUUCAGAAGGUCUUUCAAAGUUUUUCUUUGGAUUUUGCCUGCUUUUCCACCCAUUGGUAGCAAUUUUUUUAACAUGUUCUUAAGAAAUGUUGAUAGUUUUGCCUCUUAUGAAUCACCCCGCCAAUGAAAAUGCUAUGAAACUCCACGGUUGAACCCGUUGCUUCUACAAAAGACAGACUCAGCCAAGAACUGAUAUUGAGUGGGAGGGUUAGAUGCUUUGAAAACAACAAUCUGU